AUGGGGAUCAUAAGCACCCACGUAGUAAUAAUAGGAAUGCUAAUAAUAAUGAUGGAAAAUGAAAUGGCACCACCAACAAUGGAAAAUGAAUCCCCCCUUUUCAUCAGUCCUAUAAUUGUCCUAAAUCUUCAAUAAUCCCAUUCAACAAUGGAAGACCGUCAAUCCCUCACUCUCCCUCUCCUCUCCGCAGCCCCUCCAACUUCUGCCAACCAAUCCCCCUUCCUCUCAAAUCAGGCCAUCGCCCUCCGCCUCCUUCUCGUCGCCUUCGUCGGAAUCACUUCACUCUUGGCCAACCACGAGGCCUCUAAAGGCUUCGACGUCACCAUUCUCAACAACGCCAAACCCUCCCCCGCCGGUCAGCGCUUCCAUCUCUUCUACGUCUCGAAUGACGAAGCCACGCGCCUCAUCCUCAACGCCAGUUCCUUCAUCGAGAAUCUCAUCUACCCUUCUCAAGCCUUCCCCAAGAAGCCAGUUAAGAGCGUGCAUCUCACACUCUCCCGCACCGAUCUCUCCUCUAGUUUCGCCGUCGAGAAGCUUCACGACGGCGGAGAUGACUUUGUGCUUCAUUUGAGCCCUUCCAUUUUCAAUGAGAAAGACGCGAAUCGCGCCAUGUCAGUGGCGGUUUUUAGAGGGAUGUCGCGCGUGUGGCUGUGGGAUGGAGAGGCCCAUGCCCCGCCCGCUCUUCUCGCCGGAAUGGUCGAGCACAUAAUGGCCGCCGCGGGGUUUGUGGGGGAGAAAUAUUCCGGUGCGGUGGUAAGUACGUUGACAGCAGCAUGGGAUCCCACGUGGUGGAAGGAUAAGGAUCCUACGGAGAUCGCUAUGUUUCUCGACCAUCAGGAAAAAGAGAGGGAGGGGUUCAUCCAACGGCUGAAUCAAGGUUUGAAAGCCAGAUGGCACGAUCGGACGGUGGAGGAGGCGGUGGGGGUGCCAACUCAGCAUCCAUGUGGUUCAGUAAAUUAAUUCCCACCAUCCAGAAUGGACACGUAGGAAGGGAGUUGAAAGGAGUGAAAACCAAGAUUAUUUGAAGGUCAACAUCUUGAGGACCAUUCUGUACAAUGACACUUUCCCAAGUUGAUCCACAUAUACUGUGAUGGAAGGUAGAAUUCGAAGCUGUAUUCACUUUGUUAUGAAUAUUCGA